AGUUGACCCGUUUUGUUAUCAGGGCAAAAACAUCAGAGUGUAGAUAAAAAUGAACGGCCGCGCGCGCAUCUCCAUAAAGGAUCUACGUGUCACUCCCCCUGUCAGACGUCGCAGAUGCCGCGAGAUUUUCAGAAGGAGCGGAGCUGCGCGCCGCACCACCACGGCGCUCCUGUCCUCCCUGUAUCCUCGACCCCCCCUCAGGCUGAAUUCAGGAAUAAAAGGGGGGCCUUUCUUCGCUCCUUCUCCUCCUGCUGACCGAGAAGCUGCUUUCUCCGAGCUUUGAGGUGGACGCGCGGAGGAGGAGACGCCGCGGAGGCUACGAGGGGACACAUGAGAUGAGCGCCGCUUUCGCUGCGGGCGCUGAAACACUAAACCUUUCCUGGAAACGGAUUCCAGGAACCUCCGUCAGAACGAACCGAGCCGAGCCUGCAGGAGCCGCGCUCGUGCGCCGACAUGUCUCCGCUUCCCGCCGCUGGAUGGAAUAAACGCGCAGACCGGACCCAACUUUUGUAAAGGCUUUUGGUUGUUGAUCAGAGGUCUGCUGUCCUUUAGCUAUGGUUGCCCGGACAGGGACCAUUCUGUACCAUGAGGGACGAGAGGGGUCCUGCUGUCCCCACCCUUCUCCUCCACCCUGGGACCCAGCAGAAGACCUCCGCUGCAUCACCACCACCUUUCAGUACCUCCAGGCUUCAGGUUGGUACUGGGGUUCCAUCAGCGCAGGUGAAGCCAGAGAAGCUCUUCUGACAAAGUCUGAAGGCACCUUCCUGCUGCGGGACAGCAGUCACCCCCAGUUCAUGCUGGCUCUGUCCGUGAAGACCCGCUGUGGACCCACCAGCGUGCGCAUAGAUUACAACAGGGGCUGCUUCUGGCUGGAUUCCAUUUCUCGAGGCGCGCCUCACCUGAAGUCCUUCUCGGACGUUCUCAGCCUCAUCCAGCACUACACCGUCUCCGGCCAGACGCCGCAGGACCUGGCGUCGUUCAAGACGAAGCCCAAUCCUUCGCAGCACACCGCCAAAGACGCUGGAGUACCUCUCAAGCUGGUGCGUCCACUGCACAGGCGGGACGGUUUCCCUUCUCUGCAGCACCUCGCGCGUCUAACCAUCAACAAACAAACAAACUGCCCCGACCAGCUUCCCCUUCCAAAGCCUUUGCUGCGCUUUCUGCAGAAUUAUCCUUUCUUUGUAUGAGGAUGUUUGUCUGUCGGAUAAGAGAACACAAACGCACCAGAACUUUGCCAGGAUUUCUCUCCAUGACCUCAAGCUGUGACUCCUGCAGCAAAGGAAGAUUCAAGAAAGGACUAAUGGUUCCAGGCUUCAAUAAUCAUGGACGAUCUCCGUUUUUUCAUCUGCGCAAGAAGAAAACUUUGUUUAAAUUCUUUUUACAUGGCUGACCCUUGCUACUGUGAAGUGCUGAAAUGUAAGUUGGUGUUUUUGUGAUGCUUCUGUGCUCAGUUUCAGGUGAUAAGUUAGUAGAAAAAGUGACUGCUUUGGGAUUCCAGCAAAGAAGCUCAUUUAGCAAUUUAUGCUUUUUGGCGAAAUGUAAAAACUGAAAUAAAUAUCACAGAAAUAACAAUUUCAGGUGUGCAUGUAUGGAAGAUGGAGAAGUAUUUUUACUUUCUUUUUUUAUUUUGUAAAAGUAAUAUAAUUGAAAACAAAACAGACAGUAUUCACACUGAUGAGGGGCGUGACUAUAGCACUCACUAAUGUCCCAGUUUGCACGGAUCAUCAUUCGUGCUUAUUGGACACUAAAAUGUGCAAAAGCAAAUGUCUAAAUCUGACGUUUUAGGGGAAAAUUAUGGAUUUUUAUGCAACAAAGGAUAAACAAACUGAAAGAAAAACAUCAGUUCAUGUAGUUUAGACUACACUAUCACAAAUAUGAACAAAUUAUUUAUUUUGUAGGGGAAACAAAAAUGUCUUCUUGAGCACCAAAACAAUCUAAAGUCAUCCUCUGUCUUCUGAAAGGAAAUAAAACGUACGUUGUUAUUUCAUUACCGGCAUCAGGGGUCUUCAGUUAAAAACCAAAGCUGAUAAAAGAGCAUCUGUUUGGGAAUUGGUUUAAUUCCCAGAACAGAAUCAUUUUUUUUUAGGGGAUUCAGAGAACUGAGCCUACUUUCCCUCAUUUUAAUCACUGGUCACUUCAACAUGCAGAUGCAUGUGAGGUAUUACAGUUUUCGUGGAAACACAUCUGAGUUGGUUUCCACGAAUAGGAACUGAGCAGCACUGAGAAAGCCUCUUAUCGGGAUUAGAGUUAAGAGCUCCUGUUAUUAAUACAUUGCUGUGCCAAUUGAAAACUGAGAAUCUUUGUCUGUUUGUCCCGCCUUUCCUCAACCUACCGGCCAAAAAAAA